CGUUUGGACUUUAUAAUUCGCGUAUAACGCGCAGCCGCAGCGUCUUUCAUGUGCCGGGCUUUCUUUUGUGUUGUCAUUUUGAGGAUGCGUUGCAUUUUUCGGUAAAGGUAAAUAAGGAUGUCUCGCUAUAACUCGGACUGCAAGGUAUACGUGGGCGACUUGGGCAACAGUGCCUCAAAACAAGAAAUUGAAGAUGCCUUUCGUCACUACGGCCCCUUGAGAAAUGUAUGGGUGGCUAGGAAUCCGCCCGGUUUCGCUUUUGUUGAAUUCGAGGAUCCGAGAGAUGCCGAGGACGCGGUCAGAGGCCUAGAUGGAAGAAGCAUUUGUGGUCGACGUGCCAGAGUAGAGAUGUCGAAUGGAAAAGCGGGCAGCAAUCGUAGCAGAGGACCGCCGCCCCGAUCAAGAGGUCGUCCGUUUCAUCCAGAUGAUCGGUGCUAUGAGUGUGGAGACCGCGGUCACUACGCAAGGGACUGUGGAAAGUACCGAAGAGGAGGACGUCGUGAUAGAACUCGAAGCAGAUCCAGAAGUCGUUCUCGCGAUCGAAGAACUCGCUCCAGAAGCAAUUCGCGCUCACGCAGCAGGUCCAGGUCGCGUAGAUCCCGAUCAGCUUCUAAGAAGAGUAGAAGCCGCUCCCGAUCCAACAGGGAUGAUCGGCGAUCCAGGUCGCGCUCUCACUCCAGGAGCAGGUCGGCCGUGAAGGAGAAUGGGAAUGGUAGAGAUUAAACGCUGAAGGCAAAUAAUUGCUGAUGCACGUUUCUUGUUUAGUUUUACUGUUCGUUUUUGACCAAGUGGGAUCGUUUCCACGAUCUAGGCGGUUAAAUUUUAAGUGGGCUUAAAUUAGCCCAAGCUUGUCUUGCAUCAGCAAAUAAUGUCUUCAACCAGGUAUUUGAGAAACGUAGGUUCUCCCGAAUCGAAGCUCAGACAUUUUCUGUUAGUUUCGAUUCAUUGGAAAUAACUGUUCAGUUUACAAUGACCUGUACGAAACAAAUCCAUUAUCCCAGUG